UAUGAAACUUUUUUCCCCCUCAUUAAUUUCAUAACAUAUCGAGUUGCUGCGUUCUGUGGGGAAGGUUCGUCUCCGCUGCAGCACAUUAUGGGUCAUGGCUUGAAGGGACCUCUCCAGUUUUGAUCAAAUUAACGUCAGAUUUGACUUUUCGUAGCAGGUUAGGAGAAUUAUCGUAAUAUUUUAUGAUAAUUUGGUUAAAGUUAGGACAAUUUGUUAGGGUUAGAUAAAAUGCAAAAUAAGUCUACUUUUGACGUAAAUUUGACAAACUGCAUCCCGUCGCAACGGUAUCGGAGCCUUUCGUAUUUUUCUAGCCUUGACCCAAAUUGCGUGAAACAUUCUAGGGCCUUUUGCCAAAUCGAUGCUUUUAUAGCCUAACAGUUCAAUGAGUUAAUCUGUUUAUUAAGUACUUUUUAAUAUGAUUUACUAUAAUAAGAAUAAGUUAUUAUGAUGUGUGGAUGUGUUGUAUAUUCAGUGAAUAGUAAAAGGGAUUAAAAAAAUGGUGCACACCCCAAAAUGUUUUGUAGAGGGGCUGACUAACAGAGUAAACUAUAAAAAGUAAGUCUGCUGCUAUACCCAUUUAAAUGUUUGGGAGCAUAAUUAUAAUAUUCAGUGAAUAACAAAUGAAUUGUCUUCAACUGUGUAUCGUUGAAUAUCAGUAGCCUAAUGCAGAUAUGUUAACCCUUUCAAAUAUGAGAUUCAAGGUAGGCUGUGUUAAUCCAAUCCUGCUCUCUCCUCAGUGUUCCACAUUAAAAAGAAUCAAUCCCAUGGGAUUAAAUCAAUGCAUUUACACAUUGGCUCGAUUGCUCAGUUCCAAUCCCCCACGAGGAUUUGAGAAGUUCUUCCCAAAGAUUGAGGACACUCCUGGAGUGAACAAAUCAUCUGAAGAGACCAGAGAUGAGAAGACCAAAGAGCCAGAAUCUCAGGGCGGAGGAGAAGGGGGACCAAAUGCAGGUGGCGAGAGAGAGAGGAGGAGAGGCGGAAGGAAGGAUGAAUCAGACUGGUGGACACGCUUCCAGAAUGAUUUCCCCUUGGAUGAGAAGACCACGCGCAAUGUCGCGAUCGGAUUCGCCGGCAUGGCCUCUGCGUUCCUGUAUUUCUACUUCCGAGAGACUGGGAAGGAAGUCUCCUGGAAGGACUUUGUAAAUAACUACCUGGCUAGAGGACUGGUGGACCGUCUGGAGGUAGUCAACAAACAGUAUGUCAGAGUCAUCCCAGUGCAUGGAGUCAACACGUCAGAGGUGAGCUACCUGUGGUUCAACAUCGGCAGCGUGGAGACGUUUGAACGCAACCUGGUGCUGGCCCAGCAGGAGAUGGGCCUGGACUCUACACACAGAGUACCUGUGAUCUAUGGAAGCGAGAGCGACGGUACUUUCCUGAUGAGCAUUCUUCCAACCCUGUUGCUGGUUGGCUUCCUGCUCUUCACCAUGCGCCAGGGACCAAUGGCAGGAGGCCGUGGCGGGGGGCGAGGCAACCCCUUCAGCAUGGGCGAAUCCAAGGCCAAGAUCAUGAAGGACAACAUUGACGUGAGAUUUAAGGAUGUGGCGGGCUGCGAAGAGGCCAAGCUGGAGAUCCUAGAGUUUGUCAACUUCCUGAAGAACCCCCGGCAGUACCAGGACCUAGGAGCCAAGAUCCCCAAGGGUGCAGUGUUGUCGGGUCCCCCCGGCACAGGGAAGACCCUGCUAGCCAAGGCCACAGCCGGAGAGGCCAAUGUCCCCUUCAUCACCGUCAACGGAUCUGAGUUCCAGGAGAUGUUUGUUGGCGUGGGUCCAGCCAGGGUGAGGGAUAUGUUUGCCAUGGCCCGUAAGAACGCUCCCUGCAUCCUGUUCAUCGAUGAGAUAGAUGCCGUGGGCAGGAAGAGAGGCAGUGGGAAGUUUGGGGGACAGAGUGAGCAGGAGAACACACUCAACCAGCUUCUAGUGGAGAUGGAUGGGUUCAACACCAGCACUAACGUGGUCGUCUUGGCUGGAACCAACCGACCAGACAUCCUGGACCCAGCACUGAUGAGACCUGGGCGCUUCGACAGACAGAUUUACAUAGGUCCACCAGACAUAAAGGGCAGAGCGUCCAUCUUUAAGGUCCAUCUGAGGCCUCUGAAGCUGGACUCCAGUAUAGACUCUGAAGCUUUGGCCAGGAAACUAGCUGCCCUCACACCUGGCUUCACUGGAGCUGAUAUUGCCAACGUGUGUAAUGAGGCGGCCCUGAUAGCAGCACGCUACCUUAACGAGUCUAUCAUCGUCAAGCACUUUGAGCAGGCCAUCGAGAGGGUCAUCGGAGGUCUGGAGAAGACGACCCAGGUACUACAGGCAGUAGAGAAGACCACUGUAGCAUACCACGAGGCUGGCCAUGCUGUGGUAGGCUGGUACCUGGAACACGCUGACCCUCUGCUCAAGGUGUCAAUCAUCCCCCGGGGGAAGGGUUUGGGGUAUGCUCAGUACCUCCCUAAGGAGCAGUACCUGUUCACGCGGGAGCAGCUGUUUGACAGGAUGUGUAUGAUGCUGGGGGGACGCGUGGCAGAGCAGGUCUUUUUUGGGAAGAUCACCACAGGGGCACAGGAUGACCUCAGGAAGGUCACGCAGUCUGCCUACGCACAGGUGGUUCAGUUUGGGAUGAGUGAGGUGGUGGGCCAGGUGUCUUUUGAGCUCCCCAGGCAGGGAGAGAUGGUGAUGGAGAAGCCUUACAGCGAGCCCACGGCCCAGCUCAUAGACCAGGAGGUCCGCUCACUCAUAGACGCUGCCUUCCAACGCACACACCAGCUCAUCACUGAGAAGAGAGAUGUGGUGGAGAAGGUGGGGAGGCGUCUCCUGGAGAAGGAGGUUCUGGACAAGGCUGAUAUUCUGGAGCUGCUGGGUCCUCGCCCCUACGAGGAGAAGUCUACAUAUGAGGAGUUUGUUGAGGGGAUGGGGGCCAUGGAGGAGGACACCUCCUUUCCCGAGGGCCUCAGGAACUGGAACAAGGACCAGGGGAUGGAAGAGCCCCCCCAGGAGCAGCAACGCAAACAGGCUCUUUACCUGUAGACUGACACCACGUCUGACCUGGCCCCCACCCAACCAGGCCACUGGAGGGACAUGUUGAGACUUCAUAUGGUGAGAGGAAGGCACUUGACAUGACCCAGACAGACUGAUAUCAGGAGAGGGUGUCAGGUUUAAGAAGGCACCAUGUCCUGUGUGGUCAUUCUAAGGCCCUAGAGACCAUGGUCAUCACAUCUUUGUCACAGGGAAAAUAUAUUGUUUUUAUAAACUCAGCAAAAAGAGAAAUAUCCCUUUUUCAGGACCCUGUCUUUCAAAGAUAAUUCAUAAAAAUCCAAAUAACUUCACAGAUCUUCAUUGUAAAGUGUUUAAACAUUGUUUCCCAUGCUUAAACAAUGAAUGAACAUGCACCUGUGGAACGGUUGUUAAUAACAGCUUACAGACGGUAGGCAAUUAAGGUCAAAGUUAUGAAAACUUAGGACACUAAAUAGGCCUUUCUACUGACUCUGAAAAACACCAAAAUAAAGAUGCGCAGGGUCCCUGCUCAUCUGCGUGAAUGUGCCUUAGUCAUGCUGCAAGGAGGCAUGAGGACUGCAGAUGUGGCCAUGGCAAUAAAUUGCAAUGUCUGUUCUGUGAGAAGCCUAAGACAACGCUACAGGGAGACAGGAUGGACAGCUGAUCAUCCUCGCAGUGGCAGACCACGUGUAACAACACCUGCAGAGGAUCGGUACAUCCGAACAUCACACCUGCAACAGGUACAGGAUGGCAACAACAACUGCCCGAGUUACACCAGGAACGCACAAUCCCUCCAUCAGUGCUCAGACUUUCCGCAAUAGGCUGAGAGAGGCUGGACUGAGGGCUUGUAGGCCUGUUGUAAGGCAGGUCCUCCCCAGACAUCACCGGUAACAACGUCACCUAUGGGCACAAACCCACCGUCGCUGGAGCAGACAGGACUGUCAAAAAGUGCUCUUCGCUGACGAGUCGCGGUUUUGUCUCACCAGGGGUGAUGGUUAGAUUUGUGUUUAUCAUCGAAGGAGUGAGCUUUACACUGAGGCCUGUACUCUGGAGCGGGAUUGAUUUGGAGGUGGAGGGUCCGUCAUGGUCUGGGGCGGUGUGUCACAGCAUUAUCGGACUAAGCUUGUUGUCAUUGCAGGCAAUCUCAACGCUGUGCGUUACAGGGAAGACGUCCUCCUCCCUCAUGUGGUACCCUUCCUGCAGGCUCAUCCUGACAUGACCCUCCAGCAUGACAAUGCCACCAGCCAUACUGUUCGUUCUGUGCAUGAUUUCCUGCAAGAUAGGAAUGUCAGUGUUCUGCCAUAGCCAGCGAAGAGCUCGGAUCUCAAUCCCAUUGAGCACGUCUGGAUGUCUGGGACCUGUUGGAUCGGGGGGUGAGGGCUAGCGCCGUUCCCCCCCAGAAAUUUCUGGGAACUUGCAGGUGCCUUGGUGGAAGAGUGGGGUAACAUCUCACAGCAAGAACUAGCAAAUCUGGUGCAGUCCAUGAGGAGGAGAUGCACUGCAGUACUUAAUGCAGCUGGUGGCCACACCAGAUACUGACUUGCUUUUAAUUUUGCCCCCCCCCCCCCUUUGUUCAGGGACACAUUGUUCCAUUUCUGUUAGUCACAUGUCUGUGGAACUUGUUCAGUUUGCUUCAGUUGUUGUAUCUUGUUAUGUUCAUACAAAUAUUUACAGAUGUUAAGUUUGCUGUUAAUAAAUGCAGUUGACAGUGAGGAUGUUUUUUUGCUGAGUUUAGUUGUAUAGUAUUCAUUGUUUGACCUUUUCAUUGUGUGUUGGAUGAGUAUGUCUCACAAUUUUUGUAUGAAUAUGUGAUCAUGUACAUCAAGGAUGGGUUGCUGUCGGAAGCCCCCAUUUUGAAGGCCCUUGGGUCAAUCCCCGCCCCAACUUACUGUUGUGAGUUCAAAUACACCAGGUGCAAUUUCUACAUUUGGUUGCGCAUCAGUUUUUCUGUUAUGUUAGUCAAUUAGCAAUUUUCUUUAGAUUGAUGGAGUUAGUUUAGUGCCUAGCUAUCUCAACUUGUUAUGGUCGAAAUACCGGCCGGGAGGCUCCCAACGAUUUUGUUCGUCAGUCUCACUCCGAAAUCACAUUAAAAACUGCAAAAAUGUUUCUCCACCCUGUGGCAAACUGUGUAGAACUGCAGAAAUGUUUCUCCACCCUGUGGCAAACUGUGUAGAACUGCAAAAUGUUUCUCCACCCUGUGGCAAACUGUGUAGAACUGCAAAAUGUUUCUCCACCCUGUGGCAAACUGUGUAGAACUGCAAAAUGUUUCUCCACCCUGUGGCAAACUGUGUAGAACUGCAAAAUGUUUCUCCACCCUGUGGCAAACUGUGUAGAACUGCAAAAUGUUUCUCCACCCUGUGGCAAACUGUGUAGAACUGCAAAAUGUUUCUCCACCCAAUGGCAAAAUUUGAAGAAUUGCAUGAAUAAUGUCGAUGUUUGUAUGCAGACCCGUGAGCAACUGUGGCCCGUCAUGAGAUCCAUUUUUUUUUGUGGCCCCCACCCCCUUCAAAAUGACCCGUCUCUGGUGUACAUGUCUCAUAUGAGAUGUUUUCUUUUAGAUUUCAUAUUGGAUCAUGAAGGUCUAUGUGAGUGUGUGUUGCACCAUUGUAAUAAUUAGGUGGGUGCUUAUUUGCCCCUCUCACACAUGUACAAGUGUGUAUUAAUUCCCCCUGAGGCACCCUCAGAGAGUGGGGUCACAGCCAGGGUCUGCCAUUAUCAACGGCGACCCUGGAGCAAUUAGGUAAGUGCCUUGCUCAAGGGCACAUUGACAGAUUUUUUUUUCUUCACGUUGUCGGCUCUGGGUUCUAACUAGUGACCUUUUAAGUUACUGUCCCAACGCUCUAUCCGCCAGGCUACCUGCCACCCUGCGUGCUGAUUUAAUCUUCAAUGUUUUUGCUACCUUCUGACCUUGUUGAAUUUCAGCGACUGUGUUCAUGUUCCCAUGUCUCUCUUCAGUUAUUGACACUUGUUAACUAAACAGCCAUGUGACUGCAGAGGGUUUUCAGAAAGCUCAGCAGAAAUCCAGUCCAUGUUGAUCAGACUGUAACAGUGGGACAGUGUGACAUUUACAUUGAACCUCAACCAGAAAUAGGAUAAAAUACAAACUGUUAUUAGGUCUAAUUGAAGAAAACACGUCUUCUAAAUGUCAUUUUUCAGUCUUUUGCGAAAAACAACAGCCACACCUCUACCUGCCCACUUUCCCCCACAGGAAAACAGCUUCUGACAAGCUCUAUUUCUGAGUACUAGUGUACACUAACUCACCUCUUAUGCUCUCUCAAUGUUGCUAAGUCAACUGACAACAGAUGAACUUCAAACAUCUUUUGUGAAGAAUUGAGAUAUGUGUGUAUACCGAACAAAAAUAUAAACGCAUCAAUUUUUCUGAGUUACAGUUCAUAUAAGGAAGUAUGUUGAUUGCAAAAAAAUCAUUAGGCCCUAAUCUAUGGAUUUCAGGUGACUGGGCAGGGGCGCACCAUGGGUGGGCCUGGGUGUGCAUAGCCAAUCAAAAUAUUUAGACUGAUUUAUUACAGACAGAAAUAGUCCUCCGUGUCAAAACAAUGGAAUCCUGUAGUAACCAAAACACAAUGUAUUUUUAUAUUUUUGGGGUUUCUACAUGAUUCCAUAUGUGUUAUUUCAUAGUUUUGAUGUCUUCACUGUUAUUCUACAAUGUAGAAAAUAGUCAUAAAUAAAAAACGUUUACCUGGUACUGUAUAUCUCCAUAGCGACGCCAGCUGAGCAGUGCUUACUCCCACACCCCCGAGAAACCCCGUAGAGGGGUUUUGGUAUUCUCUUCUCAGAAUAGAUGGUUUUGGGAGAAGAAAUGAGAUGUUGUACCGAUCUGCAUUGCAUUUCCUGAAGGUUGUUUUGAACCUUUUACUGCUGAAAAUAAAGGUGUCACUACCUCACUCAAUCUCAGUAUUUCUGACAGUUUUUGGAACUCUGCAAUUACCUACAUUGAUUCAUGGAUUUAUACAUAAAAUGAGCAUUGUUACACUCCGGACCAUACGUAUAAAGCCAUAUGUUUCUACUUCUAUGCCUAGUUGUGUGGGUCAGCGUAAACAAAAAAGACAAUGUUUUUACAGUACAUUCCAGAUGUCUUGGUGUAGCCUAAACUGUGUUUAAAUUCCAAUCCUGCUUUUCUGCCUGAUUGACUGACUGCUGGUUCUUGUGGCUCAGUGUGGCUCAGUGUAUCUAGUGAUCUUGCUUAAAGCACUAUAAGGAAUGUGUACACGACAGUUUCAAUGAAAGUCAACACUGCAACACUACAAUACAUCCAGAAUUGUGAAGUUUGCUGUGUGAUAUAUUAUCAACAUCUGACAUUCACCAAUAAAAACCAGAUUUUAUGUCCCAGUGUGAA